AUGCUCAUUGAUGUGCUUGCUCCGUAUGUGAAGGGCGGAGUGACAGCAGGUCGUACGUCAAAUGCAUCCAUGUCAGAUGCGACUAAUCGUGUCGUGCAUGCACUAGAGGCAUUUGAGGGCCCCGACAGGCCGGACGCAUUCAUGUAUAAUGAAGCAAGCGUAGCUGAAGUAGUUCAUGCUGUGAUUUGUGGUAAGCCAACACUUCCGGACAGGUCUGUCCCAUCUGUGUAUGCGGAAAUGCGUGUGCUUGCAGGAGUUCGGGGCUUGCCUGAACGUGUGUUGAGCGAUGCUCACAAGCAUGUGCAAGAAGCGUUGGUGGUCGCCAUCGAUCCCCUUCACGCCGAGGCCCAAGAUCCUGGUGAAUGGUUGUGCCGCAUGGUCAAGCUAUGGAAUGAACUGAUGCAGCGUCUAUGUAUGGUGCAGGAUAUGCUACGCCCGGUCGUAGUGUGCGCGGACGAGACGGAUUUUGAUGCCGCAUGCAUGAAUAUGCUCACACGCACAUGUCGUACAACACAGAGUAUCACGGUGUGGGAACAAGGCUUGUAUCAGGUCGCAGAGGCUGCACGUUUGGGUGUUUCUGCAUCCCAGGUUGACCUUAGGAGUCUUUCAGCACCAAAGUACCUCGAGCGUGCUCUCGAGAUCGUACGUCGCGUCGGCACCAAGGUCGAACCUGUCAUCGACGAAGCCCAUUCUUUUUAUCGUUCUUAUGCUCUUCAGCUAUAUAGUGGGCGCGCAAACCCACCUGAAAUUGCGCAUUCAAUGCCGGUGAUCCAUAACUGGAUUAUGCGUGAGCAAGCCUGGGCCAGCUGGCUCGGUCCAGAUGCGAGUGUGGUGGAUGUUGUUCAGGACGUAAUCGUACGUCCGCAUCAGGACAUUCUUUCAUCUGCGUGGCCAUAUCUCAUGGAAACCUCCGAGGGGACUGUCGGCCAUGCGGGCCCUAUACCCAAUUCCGACUCAGUCUCCGCCGCUGCUGAGUUACGUGCAUGCUACGCGGUCUUUGAUGCCGCCUGCAUUCUCCCACGCUUGUACGAAGCUAUGCGGGAGUACAUUCAGGCGCGUGUGUGUGCGCUUUUACAGAAGACGUCGGAUGAUGUCCUGAUUGAACAUCUCAUUACAGGUCAAAGAACAUGGCACAGGCUUUGGUGGUCCUGCCUCCAGGCCAACACAUCCAUGCGGCAUGCGAUCCAAGAUGGUUUUGAAGCUGGCCUGCGCGGGCAGAGUGCGCACAUAGCAGAACUCCUUGCUAACUACAUUGAUGCAGAGCUCCAGAAAGGCCGCGGUCUUGUCGAUUCAAGUAUGCCAGAGGCGUGCAUGGACGAUGUGCUCUUUCUGUUUCGGUGCCUGCAUCACAAGGACUUAUUCGAAGAGUAUUAUCAACGGGCGUUCGCCCGGCGUCUGCUUCUACGGUGCAGUGCAUCAGACGAUGCUGAGCGUGCCGUGAUCCUGCGCCUCAAGCACGAGUGUGGGCCUGACUACACGCGGAAACUCGAGACGAUGCUGAAAGACAUGCAUCUCUCCGACAAUCUGCGCAGUGCCUUUGCUGAAGCAGGGGGUGCUAGCACACCGUUUGAAUUCGAGGUAGAUGUACUGACACAAGCACAUUGGCCGCCAUUCCAUGAUGCCCCACUCAUUCUAUCUUCGUCCAUGCAAUCAGCAUUAUUGCGCUACGAGACAUUUUACCACACGUGCCAUUCUGGUCGCUCACUGCAUUGGUGCCAUGCGCUAGGCUCCUUGCUUGUGCGCGCAGACCUGGGCGAAGCGGGGGUCAAGGACCUCGUCGUGAGCACGCUGCAAGCAGCAGUGUUGCUUGUUUUUAAUGUGAGAGACGUGCAAACGUUUUCUGAACUUGAACAAGCAACACACAUGCCUCUGCAUGAACUCCAACGCACGCUCCAGUCACUCGCGUGCGGCCCAGCGCGCACGCGAAUCCUGCGCAAGAUUCCUCCUGGUGGUGAGGUUCGUGAAAGCGACUCGUUCAUGGUCAACGAGCAACUAUCUAACGCUCGCCGACGAAUCAAGCUGAACCAGCUCCAGCAACGGGAUUCUCCUGAAGAACGCCGCACAAGCACGGAACAUGUACUCAUGGACCGCGAUGUGCUCUUACAAGCAUCCGCGAUGCGUGUGCUGAAAGCACACAAACUCAUCUCUCACGCUGAUCUGACCACCGCCGUCAUCGAGCAGGUCAAGAGCCGCUUCCCCGUCGAGACGGCUGAGCUGAAGCGUGCAUUUGAGCGGCUAAUCGAAAAAGACUGUAUGGAGCGUGUGGACGGCGACAGGCAAGUAUAUCGGUAUGUGGCGUGA